UAUUUUGAACAGGAGCGAAUUUGCUGUAGUUUACUACCUAAAAAUAACCAACAUUAAUCUAUAUUUAACUUAAACUGGAUAUUGAGAGACCAAUGUCAAUUGUGGAUGAGUCGUGGGAGGUGUUUGACCCAAGUCUACGUGAGGGCCAUGUUUCUGGAGUUCGAUGACACGUUCUUCUGGGGAAAGCUCAGUGGUGUGGAAGUCAAAUGGAGCCCCCGAAUGACACUGUGUGCAGGUGUGUUCUUACGAAGGACGAGGUGGACUGUGUUCUAUUUGACUUAGUGAGCCUUUACUGAAACUUAGACCCCGUCGGGAUCUUGUACAGACACUUCUGCAUGAGAUGAUCCAUGCACUGCUCUUCGUGACUCAAAACAACAGAGAUCAUGAUGGGAAUGGGCCUGAGUUCUGCAAGCACAUGGACAGAAUCAACCAAGCCACUGGAACUAAAAUCACAGUCUAUCACACUUUCCAUGAUGAAGUAGAUCUCUACCGUCAGUACUGGUGGCGGUGUGAGAGGCCCUGUCAGACUCGCAAGCCCUACUUUGGAUAUGUGAAGAGGGCAAUGUACCGUGCCCCCUCAGCCCAAGACACAUGGUGGGGGGAUCACCUGCGCUCCUGUGGGGGCACCUAUACAAAGGUCAAGGAGCCAGAGGGUUAUGGAAAGAAAGGCAAGAAGACAGACAACAGCGAAAGCAAGAUAGACACCAGCAAAGACAAGAAGCCUACAGACAAGCCCACAAGCAAGAGCAAGGCUUCCAGCACAUUUACUGCAGGCUCUGGUUUACAGGAUAUAAGGAAUAUCAUUCCAUUCAGUAGCAAAGGCUUUUUGCUUGGAGAGAGUUCACCAUCAUCAACUCAGAAAUCUCUUGUCAACAGUCCCACAAAACCCCUCACUACUCCUGUGUCUCCCAGACUUGUGCUGUCUCCUCCAGCUCAGGUGACAGCUAAAGGAAUCAACUGAUUAUCCCACAGAAAAGGGGAGCUCCACAACCUCCAUAGCAGGGGGAGCCCAUGGUCCCUUCAGAGGACAGAAACCCCCUAUUAAAAAAUGUCAGCAACACCAAGGCAUUUUUCAACAUCAAUGGUUCACCUGCUAGGGUUUACAAACCCAACAGCACUGUGACCAAGGCACAUUGGACACUGUGUUAACAAACCUCCAAACGAGCUUCAACGCCAUACAACACUCCUUCCGUAGCC